CUCCACACAUAAAAGAGGAGGACAUCUGUAGUGGUCAGGAUGAAGAGCAGCUUUCACUCAAGCAGGAGGCUGAGACAUUUAUGGUGACUCCUACUGAUGAGGAGAUGACCCACCAGGAACCAGAACCUCCACAAGAGGAACCAGAACCUAAACAAGAGGAACCAGAACCUCCACAGAUGGAUGAGAACCAUGAGGAUCCAACACUUUUCCUCAUUAAAGGAGAACACGAAGAAGAAGCAGAAUCUUCAGAGAUGGAAGAGGAGCAGGAGACUGAUACCUUCAUGGUAUCUUCUGCUAACAAAAGAGAUCAGUGUGAGUUAGAACCAAACAGGAAGCAGCUCCUCUCUCAGAACUCUGCUGAAGCUGAGAACCAAGUUCAGGAAGGAAGCAGGACUGGAGAUCGGCCCUUAGUGAAGAAAAAAACUAAACCAUUUCUGUGUUUGACCUGUGGGAAAUGUUUUCCAUACAAAAGUGGUUUAACUGCUCAUAUGAGAACUCACACAGGUGAGAAGCCCUUCACCUGUCAGACCUGUGGGAAAAGUUUUAUUCAUAAACACAGUUUAAAAUCCCACAUGAACUGUCACACAGGUGAGAAGCCCUUCUCCUGUCAGACAUGUGGAAAAAAAUUUAACCAUAAAAGCAGUUUAGUCUGUCACAUGAGAACUCACACAGGUGAGAAGCCCUUCUCAUGUCAGACCUGUGGGAAACGUUUUAAUCAUAAAAACAGUUUAAAAUACCACAUGAAAUGUCACACAGGUGAGAAUGUGUGAUUUUAAGAUUCUUCGUAGUUUGAGUCUGUAGUUCAUCAUAUAAACAUUCAAACUGUUGCUGUCUGCUGAUUAAAGUAACAUUUAUAUAAAUAAAAAUCAGUUUACUGAGACUUUUAUUACUGUAAUGUGUUUAAGACUGUGGCCUUGUGGGUAAUAUAGUUGCAGCUUUUUAUGAAAUCAGAAUCAGCUUUAUUGGCCAAGUAUGUUGAUACACAAAAGGAAUUUGUUUCCRGCUGUUUGUUUAUUUCUAAAUGCACCAGAUGUUUUUGUUGUCUGGAUGAUUUUAUGUUCACUGAUU